UAAACCACAUUUUUGUUUGUGAUGGAGCAAGCACAACUGACCGCCAUGUUGGAUGUGAAAUCAUUGCUGGCUGUGCAAAAAUAUUGCUCAAAUUCGGACAUUAGGCAAACUCCUUGGUCAUGUUUGACAGUAAUCAUAGAAUUUAGAAGAUAUUAACUUUCAUUGGGAUACGUUUCAGCACCACAAAUGCGACGAAUUACAGCGCAAUCGACUGGUGAUGAGACUAGAGGGUUCGUAUAAAGCAGGACGUGGCGAAGUCACGUGAUAUUGUCCGGGUACAUUACGCGUCUUUCAUAUCGGAAUUGCAUCGGCGAUUUCACUCCACCUGGUCUUUGAUUGACAUUUUCAACUGCGUUGGUUUAUUUGAGACUUUCAAUUAUGUGUGGUACACUAUUUUGAUCACGCAUAUCUGGUCUAGGAGGCACUAGAGUAAAGAUAAUGAUAUAUGACAAAAGUCACGUGCUUCAUGAUAUUUCCCGUCUUGUGUCUGUGUCAGUCGACUGGUGACAAUUCAUCAGAGACAAUAGGCAUGAUUGAACUCUGUCGAAUCAUACAUAAUAAGUCUACACCUUGUGCUAUUUGAGAAUAAUUGUCAAAUGAUUUUCAGAAUUGCAUGUCGAGUCCACUCCCUCUGAGGAUAUGUUGUAUGGCCGCAAUGGCUCCCGCGCUUACUGAGGCGGCUAGUCAGGUCAGAAUUAAAGCGACACUACCAGCUACAACGACGCCAUCAGUAACUACCCCGACUACGGUUCUAAACGGCAAGGAUCACAAAUUGACGGCGCAACACGAAUUAGCGGUAGUUGACAGUCGCCUGUCCCUGGACAAGGUGCAGAGAUCUACCAAACAAGUGACCAAUUUAGCAGGUCAUCUGCUAAACGGAGGUCACAGUGUAAAAUUGAACACCUGCAAUCUUGCAACUAAUCUCCAGAAUUUAGGGGUUACCGCUGCCAUCUCGAAUCUCCACAAAAAAGAAGUGUCAGCAUUCCAGAGUGAAUUUAUCAAGUCUUUUGCAAAGCUUGAGAAAGGAGGUAUGAAUCAACCUGCAUCUAAAAAUGAAAACACAAAGCCAGAAACGUUAUCACCGAAAGAACCAUCUGAGAGUGCAUCAUUUGUUAAUGGAAAGUCAUCAGUGCCUGAUGUUGUGAAAGAUGGACAGAAAAUUUGUGAAAGUGACAUUUCUUCAGAUCCGAACACUGCAUCCAAUGUGGAUAGCAAGCAUGGUGGAAAUGAUGCUGUAAUUCAAGCCCAGGAAGAAGCAGCAAGGCCAUGUCCAUCAAACACAAAAGUGGACUUGGAAAAUAAGGAAAGUGAUAAGACCACGGAAGAUCUGAAAGAAUGUGUUUCAACAUCUCAACAUCAACUUCAACGUAGGACAGAAUUUCUUAUGCGUCGUCUACGUCGACUUCAGGGACGUCAAAUAGAAAAUCAUACUAGACAGCAACUUCACCAUUUUGUAGAAUAUCAACAUAAAAAUUUAGAAACUGUUGUGAAGUCUAUUAAUGCCCCGGUAACUGGCACUGAACUAAAAACAGAAUUAUUACAGAGUGAAGAUGUGAAAAAUCUCUCAACAGCUGCCCUUGUUAAUUUAGUUAGAAAGCUUCAGGCACCUAAGAACUUGUCACUGAAUCAACGCCUCGUCCAUCCGCCGAAAACAGAGGCAGUGAUUCAGACGACGACAAACGUUUUGAAAAUGGACAAGUCUGUGCGGAAUGAAUCUGAAACAUCAGCUGAUCACAUGUGCUCAAUGAUCAAGAGCCUGGAAUCAGUGGUCGACUCGGAUGCAACGGAGAGCAGUUCAGGUGGAGAAAGUUGUGAUGAGUUCGAUGGAGAUCUUGUAAAAGAAAAGAAAGGUCCUUCUCCGCCAUUACACCGACGGGCUGAAUGGAAGUGGGCGGUGGAGCGAGCGGCUGUAGCAGCCCGGUGGACAUGGCUACAGGCGCAGGUGUCAGAUCUGGAAUACCGUAUUCGUCAACAGAGUGAGAUUUAUAAACAGAUACGGAACAGUAAAGGCAGCAUUGUUCUUGGGGAUGCGCCUUCGCCUCAGAAUCUAUUGACUCGCUUUCACCCUGCAGUUAAAACUGUUGCCAGGCCUGCAGGCUCAGAUAAUCGUGUAACUAGUCUAGAUCAGAAAAAUGAGAUGUCUCCGUGUAGCAUUUCCACAGUGUUGUCAAAUGUUGACAAACAAGCCUCCCGCCUCUCUCAGUCCCUUGGAAACUGUCUUUCACCUCAACAAAACAGUAUCAAAUCUAGUACUCCUUCAACAGGACGAUCAUUAAAUGGAUUUAUAGAGUCACCAAUAGGAAAUUCUGACGAUGCUAGUUCGGACACCCCUGUUGCCGACGUGCGAUUGUUGGUGGACAAGUCCGACUUAUCAUCGGUUGUUGAUCCAACGACUCAAGCAGCUCGGUGCCGACCAUUACGUAGUUACAGAAAGCGCAAGUUGUUGAGGACGUUUGGUUUACAUCAAACCAGUCGUAAGGCUGCUCGUCUCUCUACUGUGAAGUGUGAAUGUUAUCCGCCUGUGAUGCCAUGCCCCAUGUGUGGGGGGCGCUAUAAUAACGCACAAACUGUCCACCCUGAUGUCAUGCCUGUGCAAGAACGAGUCUCACUUCUUGAUGCAUCGUUCCAUCCCGUGCUGUCGUUUCCUCAAGAAAUACCUUUACCUGUCCAUUUUGAAGCUCUUCUGAAGAGUGGGGAGUGGCAGCAUAAACCGCCGCCUAAACGGGCAAAAACAGAUACUGACAGAAAGAGACACAAAGGGAGGGGAUCUGACAACUCUAGAAAAGCCAACCGUCAAAUCCGGAAAAAUGCUGCAGCAGUAUUGUUGUCAUCAAAAAUUCGCAGCAAAUAUGAAAACAAGACGGUUCGAAAGGGACAUAACACAUCUCGGAAAAAGGCUGUGUCUACUCGGAGGUUGAACAAGGAUACUACCAUUCGACGGCGGGCGCAACAGAUUGCUAUUGCCAUGAAGCGGCGAUCCGGUCGCUCGAUGUCCGCUCUGCAAAUGUCUGUGAUUGAGGCCAACCAGGGCCCGCUUGCCUCGCCACAGACGAAGGAUGGUCUGUCCCUCAGCUGUCCAUCAUCAGCCUUCAAGGAUCUGAAGAACAGGAGGAGUCGAGGCGAAGCCUAUGACAUCAACAAUAUAGUCAUUCCUUAUAGCAUAGCAGCAGCGACACGGGUAGAGAAACUACAGUACAAGGAAAUAGUCACACCCAAAUGGCGAGACAUUACCUUGGACAAGGAGAACACAACUGAGACUGUGAUAGGCAUGAAGGCCGAGUUCCAGGAACCCAUGGAGGUUGAGGGGGCCUUGGAGAAGACCAACGGCUUGAUCGGAAUAAAACCGGUAGAAAUAGACGAGGAGAAUGAAGAGAUUGAAGAUCUGUGUGACGAUAUAUAUGUUGAGCGUCACCUCAAGUGUGAGGUAGAAGAAAAGAAGAGGUUCACAUCCUUUAUCCAGUAUCCAUCACGGAGAAAUCGGACGCGGACAGAGACGAGCACCCCAUUAACUGAGCCCCCUUCACCAGAUCCUAACUCCACGCCAACUGAGACCCUGGCCCCUAUAGAACUGCCACUUCCGGAAUCCCUGAUUCAGCCGAUACAACCCCCUCCGCCGCAACCAAUGACUCCCAGCACACCCACGUUCCCUGCUACUUCCUAUCUCCUGGCGUCGGCCGCGGGUUUCGAUGAAGGAAGCAGACGUCGCAGUGGGUCUGUGUCUCGGAGGGAAAGACUGAGCUUCAGUUCCGUCAUGGAUGAUUCCAGUCAGGAUGGAUUUAUGGAAUUAGGGGAAAUUGUCGACCCAUGGCCAUUACGAACAUUCCCUUUGUCAGAAGAGGAAUUUGAAGGUGUGAAGAAAGUACAGCCGACUAGUGAGAAGGUUCGACCCCGGGUGACCUUGGAGCCCCCAAGCACCCCUUGCCGAAGUGAUAGCACUCCAUCGAGCAGCCAUCCGUGUUCUCCACUACCCAGCUCAGCGUCCAAUUCAGUCGCAGGUGAUGACCCCAAUGAUCCGGAAUGGACGGUCCUCAAUAACGACAGAACACCCAGGACCAAGAUGUCCGUUGUGCUCAAGCUGUCCACGGGCAAGAGGUGAGGACUGGACCCAGGAGCACAUGGACGUGUCUAUAUGCAGUGCAAGCCCCGACCAAUAAGGGUGUCUUGGCAUCUGCCCACAGAGGGCGCUGGUACUGAACACAUGGAUGUGACGAUGAUGACGACGUCAAAUAUGCGUAUCAUCAACAGUCGGAGCAUCCAGAAGAUCAAGCCAUCAGUUGAAGCAUAUUCUUAAUGCUAAAAUGCAUUACAUGCUACAAAUGAGAUGUGUACAGAGUUCGUAGAGUCCAUCCAUGUGAUGAUGAAGGUUCUAUUGAACGAGAGAGGAAGAGAACCCAGGAUUGAGUAUCUUCCGAGAGACCGGUACCCCACGUUGAAUUAAUCUUGGCCAAAACUAUGUGCACUGCUACUUCGUCAUGCCAAUGCUGCUCAGAAGAAAUAUCGCAAAGCAAACAAGAAUGAUUUUGAAAAUCUUGUUUUGGCAUUUUGCUGCACUUGUGAUAUAUUCUGGGUGCAAUGUUGUCAGGAAGGACUCUGUUGAUACUUUUGGUGCAUGGAUUUGUGGAGGACGUAUCUGUUCAUUUGACUACAUCAGUGGUGUUCCCCGAUAAGUGACUACUCCCCAUUUGGUGUCAGUGUGAUGGUACAUGUUCACAUGGUGGUUACGUGUAGGAUGCCUUCAACUUGAAGGCAACUUGAAGGAGCUCGCCCAAUGGGAAUAACAUGAGUAUUAAUGCUGAAUAUGUCAGAAUAGUCUACAGUUCAGAGGUAGAGGUCUUCCCUCCUGUGACAAGUAGUUGCUGCCAAGUGAAAUUUUGACUUGGUUUUCCAUAAUAAUACAAAGUGGACCUAACUUGUAAUAAUAAUAGUUGUUAGGAUGGUGUGUUGGGAUUUUUUUUACUUGUGUGCUGUCCUUCUUUUAAAAAAUUCAAUGUUCCUUGGGAUAUAUAUUUUGGGCAGUAUUUUUUUUCUCUCCAGAAAAUAUGAAAUGCAUGUUUAUUUUGAGCGUUAUUUUUUUUCCUCUUCAGAAAACAUAAACUCUGUUUUAUCACAAUCAGUGUGAAAUUAGCAGCGGUAGAAACUAAUAGACUAUAGUUUAAGCCCAUUACUCCUUAUAAUAACAUAUAGCAAAACCCUUAAAAAGGGCAAAUUGCUACUGGUCCUCAGGAUACCUUAAUUAUUGGGCAGUUUGACAUGGACUAUAGGACUAGUGCCAAUUUCUAACGCUGCAGUUGGUGUUGUGGGAGCUCCUUCAAGGCUUGGGGUCACCUUUUGUUUAGCUUGUCCAAGUACAUCAUUGAUAAUGAUCUCAAACAUUUUGACUGUUAACAACCCAUUGCCUUGAUUCAUGUUGACAACAGAUGCUAUGAUGUUUUUUUCAUUUACCUUUUUUUUAAUCCUGCAUAUAAUAUUGGAACAGCUGAUCCAUAGCUUUUGAUUUCAAAGUGUUUGGUAUCACACGUGUGAUAACCGUAGUCCUGAAACAAUGAACAGUCUUCUGUACAAUAUACAAGAUAAGCUAACAAGCUGUGUCUUUCUGAUGUACAUAAUGUACAUAUUGGUUGCAAAAGUGCUGUAUUUGAGAAGUUUCAUUGUACGAGUGGGAGGUAAAAUCCAUGUCAGUGUCCACAUUGGAGUGGACAAGAUUCCUAGAUUGCUUGGUGUUCAUUGGACGAUAGAUGUUCUCAUUCAGCACAAUAUUUUGUGUAUGUUUUGGUAAAUAUUGUUGCAUUUAAAAUUUUUACAUGUUACAUUCUGUACACAAUAAUAAGCACGAAAUGUUUCUUGCAUUUGAGGAUAAGCACUUGCCUAAUAUAUUUUGUACUUUCUUCCCUAUAUUUCAUUUGGAAAAAAAUGAAUAUGCCUUUUGCUUUGCCAUAGAAAAUAUGACAGUAAUUUCACUUACCCUGUUAAGUUAAAAAUUUCCAAAAUCUACCUUACCAGAUAAAGUUGAAGUUGAAUUUGUGCUGCCUCCUUAUAAUGCCUUAACAUUCUCGGCCACAGCAGAUCACCAUCACUUCACUUCCUGGACACUGUUACCUUGGUUACCUGUGAGAAAGUGUGUGCUGGAUAUAGUUGUUGCAAGUUUGUGUUAAUUUUCUUUUUUAAGACAAAAACUUGUUAAAGAUGUUUUUCGUACAUUUGUGUUGCUACUACCCUAGUUGGCAAGUUUCUAUCACCUAGUGUUGAUACAUACAUCACACAUUGAUAUUCAGUUCAUUAAUGCAUUUACAUUUGGAGGAAAAUGCACCUGUGUAUGUGCGCACCUGCAUUUAAUAAUAUCUGAGAGCUGCUGCAACGGCCUGUACAACGUAGCGAUCAACAGCCUGCAGCAGCAACUACGUGGACAUGUUGUUGAUGUAUGUAUUCUAGAUACUUGCUAUCUGUCUUUGUCAGGAUCAAAAAGUGCUUUGAGCACUCCUAUGAGAGAGCUCUUAUAUGUAGAUCAACCAUAGUGCAAUUGUGGAUGAAAAAGAAAGAUUAAAUUAACUUUUUUUAUAAGAA